UGGUCAGCAUUUGCUAGCGAUCGUUCAUCGUGUUUGGCUUCUAAGCCGUGGUCGGAGUAAACGUUGGAAUACAGCCAUGAAGUUAUUCUUAGUGAUAUCGACGGUUUUGGCCGUAGUCAUCGGAGCGGCCGUCGAAAAUUCCACCAAGGAAGCGAAGGUGGAACAGGACAAGCAAACAUCGGACAGUGCCAAAGUGCAAGAGAAGCGUGGUCUCGAAGAAUUUGGAUAUGGAGCAGAGCCAUCUCUUGAAGGAGGUUUCAAGCCUUCUUUCGGAUAUGAUACGUCUGAUGAUAGUGCCUCUGAUCGUUUUUUCAAUGUUUUCAAUAAGGAAGAAGAGCAUCAUACUGUAAUUAAAACUGUGCCAGUUCCUUACCCUGUGAAAGUAGAAAAGCAUGUGAUUCACGAGAAGAAGGUCCCGGUACACAUCGAUCGCCCGGUACCAUAUCCGGUCGCAGUGGAGAAGAAGGUUCCAGUUUACAUCGAAAAGAAGGUUCCAGUGCACAUUGAUCGUCCGGUUCCGUACCCGGUCAAAGUUCCAUAUCCAGUGACAGUCGAGAAACAUGUUCCGGUUAUCGUGGAGAAAAAAGUCCACGUAGAUCGUCCUGUUCCCUACCCAGUACAUGUGGAAAAGAAGGUACCUGUAUAUAUCGAAAAGAAAGUACCAGUAUAUGUCGAGAAGAAAGUUCCGGUCCCCUACGAGGUGAAAGUGCCGGUAGUUCACAAAGUCGAGGUUCCUGUACCCAAACCCUAUCCAGUCCACGUACCGAAGCCAUACCCGGUGUACAUCGAGAAGGAAGUGAUCAAGCAUGUCGAUCGACCUGUUCCAGUAGAAGUUGAGAAAAAGGUUCCCGUUCCGGUUGUGCAUAAGGUCGAAGUCCCGAAGCCAUACGCUGUGUACAUCGAUAAACCAGUCUAUGUAGAGCAACAACAUGGCUACCCACAUCACCAGGAAGAGUAUUCUGGUCACUCGGACAGUAGUUACGUUCAUGAAGCUGAAGACAGACAACAUCACGAGCAAAGCCAAGAACAGCAUGAGCAUCAGCAUCAGCUCCAACAACAACAAGAACACGAACAAGAACAAGAUCAUCAAGAAUACGCAGAAUCUGCACCGCAAGAAGUGAAAAGUGCUGAGCCAGCUUCGAAGACUAGUGAAACCAAAACCAAACCCCAGAAAAAAUCAACCUAAUAAGAUGACUAGUACUGAUAGAAGUGAUAAUGUCAUUAUCCGUGACUGGCGCAACAAGUCACGAACCUUAAAUUAUUCUCUAGUCUGUCUGUGGUAACAGUGCAAUUCAGGUUCGAUGUCCAAUCACACACAACGAUAAA